CGCCAUUAGAGGGAGGCGGAGAGCGAGCGUUCCUCGCCUCUCCCCCGGUUCCUGACGUGGUGCCCGGGGCCCUUCACACUCGGACUUUCCUCUCGGCGCUUCCAGGCCUCUCCCGGAGGCGGCAGUGGGGACGGCGCCCGGGGCGGGGGGCGCCGGUGCGGAGGGGCUGCGCGGGCCGCGGCUGUGAAGGUGCCGCGGCGUCUGGGGAACUCGGCGCGGCGCUAGGGCUCGGGCGGCUGGGACGCGACGGGAUGGCUGCGGCCGGCGGCGGCGGGGCGGCGGCGGGCCGAGCCUACUCGUUCAAGGUGGUGCUGCUGGGGGAAGGCUGCGUGGGUAAGACGUCGCUGGUGCUGCGCUACUGCGAGAACAAGUUCAACGACAAGCACAUCACCACCCUGCAGGCAUCAUUCUUAACAAAGAAGUUAAAUAUUGGUGGGAAGAGAGUAAACCUUGCUAUAUGGGAUACAGCAGGUCAAGAGAGAUUCCACGCAUUGGGUCCAAUUUACUACAGAGAUUCAAAUGGAGCUAUUUUAGUUUAUGAUAUAACAGAUGAAGAUUCUUUUCAGAAGGUUAAAAACUGGGUGAAAGAAUUACGGAAAAUGUUGGGAAAUGAAAUCUGUUUAUGUAUAGUAGGUAAUAAAGUAGACUUGGAGAAGGAGAGACAUGUUUCCAUCCAAGAAGCAGAAUCGUAUGCAGAAUCUGUGGGAGCAAAACAUUAUCACACUUCAGCCAAACAGAACAAAGGAAUUGAGGAACUCUUUCUUGACCUUUGUAAAAGAAUGAUAGAGACAGCACAAGUGGAUGAGAGGGCAAAAGGCAAUGGCUCCAGUCAGCCGGGAGCUGCAAGGCGAGGUGUACAGAUUAUUGAUGAUGAACCUCAAGCCCAGAGCGUUGGCGGAGGGUGCUGUUCUUCUGGAUAACUGUUCACCCCUAAGAAAGUAAAAAAAAACAAACUGUGGAUCAUUGCCCUCAACAUGAAGACUGCCAUAUUCCAAGUCACAUUAUUUUACCGAUGGAGUUACAGAAUUAACAGUAUUUUAAAUUACGUUUAUAACUGCAGAGACCUUAAGUGCUAAACUUAGUGGAGUUUGUGACCAGAGAAUUGGCAUUUUCUACAAAUGUUAACAAAGCAAUUACCAAUGGCCUUUUUACAUAUUUUUUUCUUUAAUAAGAAAUAAUAUGCAUGUAGAAAAGACCUACUUAAAGGCUUCAUUUAUAUUCUUUUAAAUCAAAUCUUUAUUUAAUAACUUAUAUAUGUUGUUGGAAUGGUAUACAUUUUUGCAGUCCUUUGUAAUUUGUGGUAGUUUGAACUGUAUCCCUUCUAAACAGCAAACUGUCUUUUGUUUUCUUCUUCUGUCUUUUUUUUUUUUUUUUAAAUUAGCAGAUACCUGAAGUACUAUUUUUGCAGGGUUUGCACAGGCCCCUAACUGUCUACUACACUUUGAUAUACUCUAUAUACAUCCUGUAUGCUGAGCUGGUAAAAUACAAUGUAAAUUACAUAUUAAAUAUUUUAUCUGCUUUUACAAGUGCAAGGUGCAAAAAUAUAUACAAUAGUCUCAUUGAUGACUGUAAAGUGAAUUAACAUUUGGUGAUAAUGCCUAAGCUUUUUGACUCUGAUAUAAAGGUCAUAGCUCCCCUUCACUUCUGUCUUAAUUUGAAAGUGGUGUGUUUCAAGUUUCUCAUAUACUUUACUUGAAUUAUUACUGUUGUCAUGUUUUUCGCCUCUAAAUCCAUCUGAUCAUUGAACAACAGCAUUUGCCUUUGGGUUUUGGGUUGUUUUGUUCUUUUGUGGGGUUUGCAGGGUUUUUUGUGGGGCGGGGAUAAAAGAGAUGACUUCUGCCGUUUUUGCUUUAGAAUGGUUACCUUAGAAGUAUUUGAAGAGCAUGCUGAGUUUCACUUCUGCGAAGCUUUAGUUUUCUAUUAGGCUUUAUAUGAAAUGGAUUUACUGGUAUGAGAAGAGAGGAAGAAGCCCCAGAUAGUAGCCGCUCACCAAGACUUUUACACAUCAGCAUGUUAGUGGUGGUUUCUGCUCCCGAGGCAGCGCUUCUAGAUCCUUCCUAAGUAAAUCGUAUUUGUUCAUUGCUUGCCAGAGAAAAACACAGAAAGUUUUGUUUCAUUUUGUAAGCGCUAUCCUUCUGAAUUUCUUUGAAGGGAAACAUUUCAUGUAAUGCAGUUAUAGCAAACACUGGAAAGAUUUAUUAUAAAAUUAUAUUCUUGUAUACUUUGUAAAUUAGUCUCACUAGGUUUUUUUUCCCUUAAGCAUAAGACUAAACCUAAAUUUGUUAAUUUUAAUAGAAUCAGGCACAGGAAGAACACAAAUUGUGUAAAUUAACAUAAAUUGUUCUUGUUCUAAUAUAUAUAUUUUUCCAUUUCUGUCAUGCUUGGAAAACUAGUAAAUGUUAUGUCUAAGAUAAAAUGAAAUGGUCCCUGGAUUUACUUCUUAUAAGAAGCAGUAGUUAUACAAUAAAGUUGUUAGCUUGAACACUUAAUAUAAAGAAGUUACAGUUACUAAAAAAGUAACUUUCCCAAAUAGGUUAAAGUUGAAUGAAUUGCCAUCUUGAUGUUAUGAUAUUGCAAUUUUAACUUAGUAUUAAGUAUUCUAUAAGUCUGCAUUUUUAUCCUCUUUAAUUAUUAAUCUCUGUCACACUCAACACAUGGCUUCUCUGUUGUGUGUGUUGAGGGAGGGUGGGGUGGAAAGAGUUGCCUGGAAGAUAAGCUAAAGUUGUCCUCUUUUAUGGGAUGAUCGUACUCUGUGUAGUUUCUUGGUUUCCUGGAGGGAGGCAGGGGGAAUUCUGAGUACAGAUAGUGGGACAAAUCGUUUUUGCCUUCCUGGUUAUUUUGUCCGUAGAGAAAGUCUUGGCUAUAGAUGUAGUGGGAAAUAAGCUCUUCUCCAUUGGAGUGAAGUAUGUUUUUAAAACUAAUUAGAGAUGAAAUUGAGGUUUAUUUUAAAAAGUAAAAUCAAAAGUCAUGAUUGGAGAGUUGGACUCUUCGAUUUUCAACUCUAUAUUAAUGAUAUAAAGUCCAGAUAGAAACCUCUUCUCCAGAGUUGCCAGGUAAUUGGUGAGGUACAACCACUCUAUGUUUCUUUCUUUACUCUUCCUUGGUUUCUGUGUAUCUUCCUUAACAUCAAGCAUUUCAUUCUUUUUUUCACCUGUAAUUUAAACUAAUUCAGUAGCAAAAAUAGAUAAUAUGGUAUACCUGACCUUGCUCCAAAGCUCAAAAGUUUUAGGUAGGAAUAGAGUGAAAGGGUAGUGAAAGAGGACAAAUCAGUUGCCAUGUAUAUUCAAAGGAAAGAUAAAAAAAAAAAAUAAACCAAGGCUAAGAAAGUUUUUCUGAUACUUGCUUUAACUCCCUAAUACAUCUUUUGUGUUCUUGUCCUUAUAAUUGUGCUACUAGGAAGAAGACACAAAUUAUCAUGUGUAUUAAAAGUAGUAGGUAGGUAGAACCAAUGUAUUUUUCAACUAAGUGUAUACUGUUGGUAUAUAUAAAUUAAAAGUUGGUUUAAGAUAGUCAUUAAAAAGGCAUCCAGAUAUUUAAAGUAUACAAUCAUAGUUUCUGUAAUGACGAUGGGUAUUCUGCUUGUUUUGCAUUGUGAUUAUAGAGGAAGAUUAUUGUUUUUAAAAAUACACAUUUCACAAUUUGGGGGUAAACAGUAAUCUGAAAAGAGCAUCACAUUAUCAUAUGAAAUAUCUGAAUUGCUUUGGUUCUGGGGAUAUCUCCUGAAAGUAGUCUAAUGUUAUGGCUGUAACAGCUAAAUUAAAAUCUUUUUAAAAAUAUUAGCUUGUAUGUUAUUAGUAAUUACUUUUUAUUUGGCAUUAAAAUAAAAGCAGAAUAUUUCAUUAUUAGAUUUUUAUUAAGAAAAGGAGAAGGAAGGUAGUAAGUAGAAUGAAAGUCAGGUAGAUAGGAAAUUCUACAAACUUACAAUUUUUAAAAUCAUUUUAAAAAUUAUAGUACUUUUAACAGAUAGUUUCUAAAUAAGGCAAAUUAUGCAUUGUGCCAAAUAUUUAGAACAUUAAAAAUGAGUUGUUAUACUGUUUAUUUCUUUUAAUCCAUAAUUUGCAAUUUUCUGUAUUACAGAUGCUACCAGGGGUCUAGAUCAUUGAUCUUAUAUUAUCUUCAGAUGAUAUAACUUACAUUCUAGAAGGGUUUGAUCCAUGCCUUUGACUUUUGAAAUUUACCUUUUGACUUCUGUUUGCCAUUAUAGUUUUUUUAAGUAGAUACUUUAAAAGUAUCUCUAUAUCUAAAAGAAGAUAUGUUUUUUAAAGUAGAUACCAAAAAAAAGUAGAUACAGUGUAACAAAGAGGGAAUACUUAAUUUGUAACCAUUUAAAAUGUUGAGAUCUUCUGGAAAAUGGGGUAGAUAGUAAUGACCAGCAAGAACCUUACAAUAAUUUCUAAAGAUAAGAGAACCUAAAUAGAUCCUUAAGUGUUCUUUUCUAAAUUAUAAAUUGCAUUACCUAGAUUUUAAUAACUAAAAGCUGGGAUUCAUUGAACUUGUACAUUUACUUGAUUUCAUAAUAGUCAUUGAUUCUAGUAAGCUGCUGUUCUAUAAUUUUUUAUCAACUAAAACUAAUAAUAUAUUUGGUGGUGUGGGCUAAAAUUCAUGCUAUCCAUAUGUCUGACUUUGAUAGCUUUUCCCUUUUCAAGAAAACUAUAAUUUUGAGCAAACUUUCCUACAUGUAAGUAUUUUAGUAUUAAUCACAUGUAAUGAAGAAAUGUAGAAAUACUCUUAAACGUUUGCAAUUUUAAGCAGACUGCUUCUAAACAAAUGCCACUUUGGCAGAUCUUCAGCACUGCUUGGGCUGUCUGGGAUUUACAUAUAAUCUCUCUUCUAAGGAAGCUGAGUGUGCUUCUGGGUGUUAACCUUUCUACUGCAGCAUCUUUUCUGCAGUAGGUAAUGAACAUGGCAUGGUGCAUGGCACACCCAGAAAGAAUCUUAUUCUUAAAGCAUCUUGUCCUCCAAAAUAAUGCACAUAUUUCCGAGUGCAGUGGAUUAAAGCCAAAGGAUGAGCACACCUACUUAAAUGAUCUUUAUUGUCACAAUAUCAGUUCUGAUUUUGGUACUUCCUGGCGACUGAAUCAUUUCUUCAUUAUCAAAUACUCAAGAAACAGCUUAUGUGAUUUCCUUAAAUUUAAGCUUGUGUGGAGCAAUGAGAGAAAGGUGAGGGAUAGCAGGGGUAAAGUAUGAUGAUGAUGAAAAACAGACAACAGUGGUAUUUGGUAAACUAUACCUUUAGUGGUGGGUUUCUCUGGUGGUCAGUGGUAAAGAAUCCGCCUGCCAAUGCAGGAGAUGUGGAUUUGAUUGCUGGGUCAGGAAGAUGCCCUUGAGAAGGAAAUGGCAACCCACUCCAGUAUUCUUGCAUGGGAAAUGCAAUGGACAGAGGAGCCUGCUGCAGUCCAUGAGGUCACAAGGAGUCAGACACAACUUAGUGACUAAACAACUCAACAGUCUUUAGUGGUAGCAAGCUAUUUUAAGGAAACCAUCAUAUGAAGUACUUUCUAGAAGUAUAAAAGUUCCUCAUUUUGUAUUUAAUUACAUAUGACUAUAUUCUAGGAAAAAAAUUAAAAAUACAGAUAUUGUAGAAGUGCCACUAGGGUACCUCAGAGUGUAUACUCUUUAGUCACCUUUUCUUUAUGCAUUUAUAUACAUAUAUAUUUACCUGUAGAAAUAUAUAAUUUUGUGCAUUUUUACAUAUUGUAGUAUCUUACUAUGCAUAUGUUUUGCAACUUGCUUUUUUUCCUACCAAAAUGUCUAGAUUUUACAUCAAUAUAUACAGAUUUUCAUUUUCUUCCAAAUCUCUCUGGGUGUGUUUUGCCUUUUUAUAUAACUUCAGACUCUCCAUAAAACCUCCAGAAACUUCCCUGGCAGUCUGAUGAUUAGGAUUCCUCGCUCUCAAUCGCAGGGAGCACAUGUUAGGUCACUGGUGUAGUCGGGGAACUGGGAUCCCACAUGCCACAUGGCCUAAAAACAAACAAAAAAAACUUCCCCAGAGGAGUCUGGCCAAUUAGGUGGAUUUCAUUAGAAUCAUAGAAUUUAAAUGCAACGCAGGAUUUGACUUAGAAUCUGGGUCUCUUUUAAGCAUGUGAAUCAAGAAAUUAGACAUCUGCCUACAGUUCAUUUGAAGUAUUUUACUUUUGGCCUACUGUUGACUAAUAUAUAAAAUUCAGGAGUUUAGCAGAUUUUUCUUUAUUCGGAAUAAGUUUUUAUUUGAGGAAAGAAGGGAAAAGGGGAAGGUAUAGUUGAUAGGAAAAAGAGGACAAAUAAAAUGAGUAUUUAUACAGCUUUGAGCAUUACAUAACACAAGACUUCGUGCUACCAAAAAUUGAAAACUUGGUUAAUUUGUGUCAUUAAUACAGAAUGAAAAAUGAAAAUCUUUCUUCAGGUCUCCACCUCCCCCACCAUCCCUCUUUAGCGGUAACUAUUGUUAACAACUUGGUAUGUGUCUGUAUCUAAUAUAUAAAUGUUUUAGUUUAUCUUUGGUCUUUAUAAAUAUUCAGUUCCCUGAAAGCAAUUUCAUGUUGAGUUGUAAAGUCGUGUCUGACUCUGUGAUGCCAUAAACUGCAGUACAUCAGGCUUCCCUGCCCUUUGCUGUCUCCCAGAGUGGGCUGAAACUCCUGUCCAUUGACUUAGUGAUGCCAUCCAACCAUCUCAUUCUCUUGUCACCCCCUUCUCCUACAGUCCAUGGGGUCCCAAAGAUUUAGACACGACUGAAAGUGUUAGUCGCUGAGUUGAAAGCAAUUUCUACCCUAUGUCAAAUUCUGCCCUCAAUCAAUUGACCAACUUUCCAAGAACAAAUCGGAAUCAUACCUUUUAAAAGAAAGUUAAAUCAGUGAUGACAGUUCCUGAACUAGAAGUUAAGUACCUGACUUUUAAGAUGUUGUACAUUUUGUAAAUUAAGCUUAAGAGGUAACUAGUAUUCUGGGGAAGUCCAUAAAAUUAUUGGUUUUGCCCCCUUUGGAAAUAGGGCUAGGAAAAAGGGGUGAGGAAGUCCAAAGUCCUUGAUAAGAGUGUAAUUUUUGGCAUAUUUUCCUGCUUGAAAAGUAUUGUAAUGUCCCCAACAAUUACUUUAUGAGUACUUCUCUGCACUGUCAAGGUUAUAGCUAAGCAUGUGUGCUGAGACAUAAAUGUGUGUGCUCCAGAACAACAGAUUUAUUCAUAUUUGACUUCUAAUGAAAACAAUUCAGACAGCAAGUUAAGCACAAGUUUACAUGAUUUUGUUGUUUCCAUAUGGUAUUUUUAAAAAUUUAAAAUAUGUUCUCUGUUCAUCAUGACUCAAUUUCAUUCAUUCAUUGAGUGCCCAGAGCGCACACAAGGGAACCAGACUUUAUAGUUAGAGCUUGGAGAUGGGGAGAACUGAUUACCAUUGCCCAUAGUCUAGGAUAUAAAUGGUUUAUUUGUGGGUAUGAGGUCAACCAAGCACAUGUUCACAUUCUGUUUGAUCACAUAGAUAGGUACUGGUCAAACUUGUGAGGUGCAGUAAUUAGAAUGACAGUAGUUGGAGAUGAUAAGUGAAUUUGCGGUAAAGCUGAACAGAAUUUUGGGUCUUGGCAAACAGUACAUUUUGUAGCCAGAUUAAAACAGAAUAACAAGUUUUCUAGUCUUAAGUGGCAAUUAAGUCCUCAAGUCCUUAUUACUUUUCCAAAUUUUGUGGUAGCACUGAAGAAACAUGUCUUUUGCUUGUUACACAGCUUUUUUCUUUAAUCUUAAAAAUGUAUUUAAAAAAGCAAUUGUUUCUUUGCCUUUGACGGCUGUUCCCUUGCUAUCAGAUAGUAAUCCAGGACACAGUCCAUUCCUGAGUGCUAGUAAACCCUUCUGGGGAGUGUAAUGUGAUGUGACGUGUAUUUUUUCUGGCUGCGUUGGGUCUUCACUGCUGCGCGUGGUACUCUAGCUGUGCACAGGCCGCUCGUUGCAGUGGCUUCUCUCGGUGUGGAGCACGGGCUCUGGAGGCGUGGACUUCAGCAGUUGUGGCUCAGUAGCUGUGGCACCCAGGCUUAGUUGUUCUGUGGCAUGUGGGAUCUUCCCGGGCCAGGGAUCAAGCCUGUGUCCCCUACAGUGGCCGGCAGAUUCUUAACCACCAGACCACCAGGGAGCUCUAUAACGUCUAUUUCUAAAGGCACGUUCCAGUUGAGGAGUAUGGGUUGCCUUUUUCCUUCCUGAAAUUGAAGAUACAGGCCAGAAAGACACCUUAAUGAAUACCAGGAUUUCCUAAUACUCUUUCCAGUGCCUUUUAAGAAUAUUUUUGAUAUUGCAGUGUAUUAUUAAAGUUAUCUAUGUCUCUUCUUGGUCCUCUUGGGGAGAAAACAAAGUCAAAUCAUUGAUUUUUGUUUUUAAGAAAAGCUAUUCCAUGAACCAGUUAUCAAGAAGUAACUUCUUCUCAUCUGCAUUAAUUCACAAAACAUGAAUACUUUUAAUAAUCUAGUGAUAGCUCUUCAAAAUGUAAGAAGCCUGUAAAGGAAAAACUAUCAUAAGAACAAGAGGCUUUGAGACUUCUGGCUGUCUCCUGGGUAACGAAGUUAUUCCUCUUAUCCAAAUACUAUGCAAUAUAAGUGCCUCGCUCCCCAUUUUGAGUCCCAUGUUGGUAUUAUGAAACCUGAAAAUGCACUUUAGCUGAAGAAGUGGCAUUUAGUAGUUCCUCCCCGUCAAAGGUCUUACGGUCAACAGCAGUGGACCAAGAAAUCUAUUUAUUAAGGACAUAAUCCAGGAUGAACUUUGUUGAAGAUUGCCAGGUGUAGCGUUGUUCGUUUACUGAGAACUUAGCUUUAGUGUGUUGCCUUGAGGUUGCCAUGUGACAGUCUAGUUCCUCAGCAUUUGACUCACUGCUUUGCUGGAACUACAGCUGUGCCUCUUGCAAUAAAAAAUUCAAGAAUUAUUAACUGGAUAUAGAAUUAUUUACAAAAUAAUCACCAUACAUGAGCAGUUCUCAUCUAUGAAAGGCUUAACAAAAUAUUCUAAUACAUGGGGGCGGGAAGGGGGAAUUAUCUUAAAUGCAGAACUAAAAGCUAAAGUUCCAGAGUUGUGUUGAUCGAGAGCUUCAUUCAAUCUGGUAAGUAAGUGACUUGUCUUUUCCUGUGAACAGUGAAUCUAGGAAUAUAGGUGAGUUUAAUUAGAGAAAUAAAAUUUGGCAAGAUUUGUGAUUCAGAACAUUAAAAGGCAAAAAUGCAAAAAUAGCUACUUAAAAACAUACCAUCAAAGAAUUGGAAUAUUUGUGGCAGUGCUAAAAAAGGAAGUGAAGGAGCUCUAAGCUCUGCUUUUUUUCUUUUUAAAGGGAAAAAAGCUUGCAUUUAAUAAUAAUAGAGACAUUUGAGUAUGUCCCUCGCCUAAUAAUAACUUCUACUAACAGUAUUUAAAGUCAGUUUUAAUAUUAUUAGGGAAGACUGAGAUAAGUUCUGUGACCUUUAGUUACUAAGAUUAACUAAUACCUUAGUCAGCUCUUCCCUGCCCCCCAGUUACAGUCUUUCUCCAUGAUAACUAAAUUUCAGAGAAGCUUCCAGCCACUUGGCAUUUCUGCCAUGAAUUCUCAAUUUUUCAUAUGCCACAAGUUCUGCUAAUGCUGUCCUUGAAUUUCCUGACCAUCUUUGCUCUCUCUUUUUUUUUUUUUUUGGUGGUGAUGGCAGGAUCUUUCUGAAGCUGAUUAUGACACUGCCUGUUAUCUUUUGGAAACACUUGAACUAGAGAACUUUAACCAUGUCUCACCAUUUUUGCCCUAAUAUUAAAAACUGGGUGGAAGUUAGUAUCCUCAAAUUCUUAAUUUCUAAUAGAAAAAGAUUUUUUUUAAUGUUUCUAACUUCUUCAGUAUUUCAAGGUGAUUUAACUGCUGUUGUUUCCUGGUUACUUUGCAGUUAAAAAUGCACAUGCCAGUUACUUAUAAUUAAUUCAGUACAUUUUAAUGGGAUAUUCAAAGCAGAUCACUACACUUACUAUAUUAACUGAAUUUUUAUGCUAUUUUAAUGUACACACCAAGAAAUACCAAAAGAAAAGUUUCCAUGUACCUGAUAGCCGCUCCCCCCGCCCCCCGCCCCCAACUGAGAAUUAAACAGUGAAUGAACAGGAAAAGAGGUAGAAGGUAAAAUAAAUUUGAGUCAUAACCUCAGGUUGUCAUUUACACUGAUGAGCCUUGUAGAUGGACAUUUAUCUACAGGCAUACCUUGUUUUAGUGAGCUUUUGCUUUAUUGCACAAAGUUUUUUGUUUUUUUCACAAAUUGGAGGUUCCCGGAGACCCUGUGUUGAAGUCUAUCAGCAUGAUUUUUCUAAGAGCAUUUGCUUACUUUGUGUCUGUUUCACAUUUUGGUAAUUCAUAUUUCAAGCUUUUUCAAUAUUAUUAUAUUUGUUACAAUGAUUUGAGAUCAGUGAUCUUUGUAACUAUUGGCAAUUUUUGGUGUAUUUUAAAAUUGUUAUGUACUUUUUUUUUAGACAUAAUGCUAUUGCUCACUUAAUAGACUACAGUAUGGAGUAAAAAGUUUUAUAUGCACUGGGAAAUCAAAAAUGACUCGCUUUAUUGCUAUAUUUGCUUUAUUUUGAUGGUCUGGAGUGGGACCUGCAAUAUCUCUGAGGUAUGCCUGUAUUUAUCUAAAUAGAAAUAAUGAAAACUAAUUGCACUUAUAUUAUUUGAAUGUUGUGGUCAGGAUUCAUAUCUUGGUCUUAUGAACUCAUUGGUUAGAUUUCCAAUUCUCAGUUGCCUGCUUUUAAUGGUCUUUGAUAGUAAUCUUAGAAUACUAGCACAUUUGAAAAUUUAUGCCUCAGUUUUUAGGAGUUGGGAGUGUGAAAUAUAUACAGUCAAUAUAAGAUCUAAGGGAUAUUUGUCCACUGUAAAAUACAAGGAAGAAUCAAUUACUGAAGAAGUGAAAGAACUCAUCAUGAGGAAGAGCCUUAGAGUUAAGCUGAGGGAUAGUAUCUUAAGACCCUGUGAGGAAAAUCUACAAAUAUUUGUUCAUUUUGGCUGGGCAGUGUUUUUUUUUGUUUGUUUCUUUUAAAGUUUAUUUAUUGAAGUAUAGUUGAUUUACAAUGUGGUGUUAGUUUCAGGUGUAUAGUGAAGUGAUUCAGUUAUAUAUAUACGCGUAUUUAUUCUUAAUUUUAUAUUUCUUUCCUGGAUGUGUAUUUUUAUCUAUAGGUAUGAAAACAGGCAUUUGAGCUACUUAAAAUAUUAAACAUAUGGAAAUUGCUUUGUGUAUUUUUUGGUUGGGCAGUUUUCAGACCUGCUUUCUGGGGAGUUGGGGAGGUCACUAGUACCUAGUGGUUGGGAUUCUGGGCUUUCACUGCUGUGCCCAGGUUCAGUCCCUGGUGGAGGACCUGAGAUCCCACAAGUCAUGUGGCAUGCCCUCCCACCCCUGCCCCAGAAAAGCUGCCUUUUGUUUAUACUUUGUGGAAUUUUCAUCUUAUUUCACUGUAUCACACAAUUAUUGCUACUUUACUUCACCUAAUGAAAAUUUUAAUUGGGAAGUUAGAAUUUUUAACCACAUUUGCAAAUGAUCUGGGGAAGGAACAUUUGCUUUAUCAUGUGAAAUUCUGAUUUUGUGUGGUAUUUUAAAGAAGGACACAUGACUGAUUUCUUCUCCUGAUAUCCAGGUAACUGGUGUACUUUGGAAAUAUUUUAAUAAGAUCUCUAUAAGAAGACUGAUUUUCUUGUAUAUGGAAUUUAAUCUUCUGUUUUGUGCAUGUAAACAUCUUUGGUUUAGAUCUAUGUGAUGUUAAGCUUUAAUGGCCAUUCCCCCCAUCAUGUUAUAUCUAGUGUGUAUAGUUGUUACAUGAAAUCAUACAUACCUUUAGGAAAACUGUUAUGGACAAUGAAUGAAUAUUAUCAAGGAUGUUUAAGCAAAAUGGAGACUAAAAUUUUUACUUUUUGCCUGCAAUUUCAUAUGUAAAUCCAAGACAAAAUCUUAUAAGCUGAAAGGCCUACUCUAUUGCAAAAUAUAUAUGUGACACUUUACUUAAAAAGUUAUUGUUAGUAGGAGAAAGGAAUUAGAUGCUAUGAAUGGGUAGAACUGAUAAAUUUCUUUUUAGAAGGAAAUCAGUUUUGGUUUCAUUUGUGAAUGAGACCUGGAAAAAGAGAUAUGAGUGAAUCAUCACUGAGACAGGUUGAGAAUUUAGCAGGCACUUCCUGUUUUUGUUUUCAUAAUAAAGAGUCAGCCAUAAACCGUUCUA